GUUUCCUUUCUUCUGCCCCUUGGGGCCUGGUAAAAUAUUCUUUAUGGUGACUCCUCAAAUGUGUUUACUGAUUUAAAUUUCCUCUAUAAAAUUCCAGGGAAAGGAACCAUCCAGUGAAUCAGGCCUUCACUUCCUUUUCACGAUGCCUUUCCCCUUAAUUAGUCAUGCUGUAAGAAUCCAUCUCAGUCCUUUGACUCAGCCGCCAUAGAGGUGCCACCAGACUCUUUUUACUAUGCCUGAUGACAUUGUAGACUGGUUACAAAUCAAGAUAAGUUGUUCAGGAAAAAAAUACUCCCUUUUCAGUACAAAGAAUUCUAGGAAGUCUUGGAGGUUGCUGGGAGAAAGAAACUAGAAUUGUUUCCUAGAAACGGAGUGGAAAAGUCUUUGGAGAAGUUUUUGGGGGCCUCGCUGGCACAUGGGAUCCACUCUGCUCUCCAGGAAGCGUAUGCCAUCUUCUAGUUCACAUUUCUGCACCAAGGCAGUGGCAGGUGGCCCGAAGAGUGAGUGGGAAGCAAUAAUCAGCUCUCCAAGUAACAGCAUUUUCAUUUGCUAAAUGUUAUGUUAAUGUUCUCCAAACUGAUGGUAGAAUUAUACAAACUUAGGCUGAAAAUAUGCAUACUGUUCAUAUUAAGUUUUCAGACUUCUGAUAAAAUGUAGGUAAAUAAUAUCAAAAAGUAUCUUAAAAAUUACACAGCAAAUUUUGUAUAGAACAAAUACGUGUACAACUGACAACAUUUACAUUGGAACAAUUUUAUUAGCUACAUCAGAAAAAUGCCUGCAUGAAUAUAGUAGCAUAAAAACAGUUGCUUUUGCAUUUACCUUGCAAAGAAAUGGAAGCAGCAACAUUUUAAAAAGAGCAUGAGUUUGUGUGCUUUAUCUGGAUGAGUAGUGGCAUUUUCUAACUGCUUGCCUCUCGGGCACGUAAGUCAUCGUGGUACAUUCUUACUAAUAGACUUUGAACUUCUCUCUCUGUCCUUUUCUUCUGGGCCAUACAUUGCCGCCUUUAGCGCUUCAGCAUGGAAGGGAUCUCAAAUGUCAUUCAGAAUGGCCUCCGCCACACCUUUGGAAAUUCAGGUGGAGAGAAACAGGUGCUCGGUUAUCCUUAUUUUCCUCAUUCUCUGCUUUUUCAUUUCCUGUUAUUUGACUACAGUCAUUCCUUAUGAGAAGAAAAACGGACCACCAUCUGUUGAAGAUCUUCAAAUAUUAACAAAAAUUCUUCGUGCCAUGAAGGAGGACAGUGAAAAAGUUCCGAGCUUGUUAACUGAUUAUAUUCUGAAAGUUCUGUGUCCUACAUAGACCAGCAACUUUAUCUACGGUGGGCUCCGAGCUAGAUUUCCUACAGCGUUAUUCUGAAAGCUGGCUACCAUUGCCUUCUUGCUAUUGGAAACUCAGCACAUUUGAACUUGGGUAUGAUUUAGUAUUGACAGAUCUUGACUUCACUAAUUCUUUAUAUUAUAGAACCAACGGAAAUAUGGGCACUAUUUUGAAUUCUAGAGAUGGUAUUUGUUAAAUCUACUAAUAAUUAUGAACUGUUCUCUUAGUAGAGUAAGAGAGUAAUAUUAAUUGUGCAUGUGCAGUUAUAUUUCUCAUUAACUGACAGUAUGCCCAUUUGUUUUUAUGGCUUUCUAAUCUAAAGUGCACUGAUGAACUAGAUUAAAGCCUUGGGAGAGUUAUACUAUAAAUUCAGUGAUGGCAAGAACCAACACUGAUUUUUGUGAGAAUUGUCAGUAUAAAUAUUACCUACCAGUAUUGUUCAGAGAUUGAAACAUAAUAAACUUGGGCUGCUCUUGAAGAAGCAAAACCAGAAUAUGCAUUACUUUGGCUUAAUACUUAGUGAACAUUGGAAACUGUUGGUGAUGAUGGAUUUUGUAGCUUGCUGCUUGUUUAACCAUUGGUCAAAUUUUAACCAUUAAAUUGCCAUUCACUUUUAGAAUCUUGUACUGUUUAACUUUUGAUUUUCAAAUGUUCUGCUUCAGGUGUCUGUGAAGAAUUUGUACUUUAAAAGUUCGUAUCCUCUGAGGUGCUUGACAAAGUGUACACUGCAGAAUUGCCCAUUCUUAUUAUGGUGUCAUAUUUUAUUCAUGCCUGUGUGUUUUUCUUAAGUGUGAAUUCUAGGUACAGCUACUUAUGGAUUCAUCAAUAUCAUGAGGACUUUUGCUGGUUCCAAUCAAAUCAAUGGCAUUUAAUAAAUUUUUUAAGAAGUAAAAAUAUGUUUGAGAGCCUU